CAACAGUAAUCUGGUCAGUGCUCUGCGGUGUACAGGUCAAAAGUUCUAUCUAGCGUAGCGUACACGUAUCUCGUUGUGCGUUUACUUAUUUUAUAUCAACAGGAGGUAGUAUAGGAAAUUAAUUGGACACUAACUUCUAGCGGGAACACGAGUGGCGCAGUUUGUAGAAGCAGGACAAGGAAAGGAUUUGAUCAGAAUGUGUGAGGCAAGCGGUGUCAGGUUUGGUGAUGUGGUGGACAACGCAGGGGCGCAGGCAGAGGAGGGUGUUGUUGUACCAAGGCGUGUCCUGGUCGGCAUGGAUGGAAGUGCCGAUGCUGACCAAGCAUUUGAUUGUAAGUUUUUUUGUUUUUUUUUAAAUUAAUUAUAUUUUGUCAUUUUUAUCUGUACAAAUUUUUAAUUGUGCCAUAGCUCAACUGUCUUGUAUAAUGUAUGAAAAAUUCUAUUGGUCGCUUCCAAAAAUAAGAAAAUCUGGAAAAUUAAGGUUAGUCAACGUCAAAGUGAAGCUAGAUUUGAAGAAUUCACAACGACCAGUACAUUAAUCUCAGUCUGAUUUUUUAAAGUUAACCUCAACCUGGUAAGUUAGUCCCAUACUACUGUCUGGUCAGUUAGUCCCAUACAACUGUCUGGUCAGUUAGUCCCAUACUACUGUCUGGUAAGUUAGUCCCAUACUACUGUCUGGUGAGUUAGUCCCAUACUACUGUCUGAUAAGUAAGUCCCAAUCUGGUGUUAAAAAUGGCCACCUAUCUUCUUGUUAUGUUCCAUUUUGAUUGUAAAAUGUCAUGCAUAGUAAAUUCAUAAUAAAUGUUUAGUUAACUCAUUAAAAACAAAUAUAGUUAAUGUGUUAGUGCGACUAGUUUCCAGGUAGUAAAAAGCUUAACUUUGGCUUAAUUUACCCAUAUUUAAUGCUUUCCCUAGGGUACAUUGAAAAUAUAUUCCUCCCCACUGAUUACGUCAUAAUUGGCUACUGUCCGGCCGCGGGCUCAGCAUUUCACUGUAAGUAAACAAAAAUUAACCCCAGUUAUUUAUUUAUUUUUUUUGUUACAUGUCAUUUCGUUCUCAUUUAAAUGUGCUUAAAGUCAAGAAUUCUUUAUACUAGAAACUUCUUAUCAUGCGCCUGUCUUUGCAUUCCUUUUGUAAUGUAUCAUAAUGUGUCCUCUUACUUUAUCCUCAUAAUAUGUGUUCUCAUAAUGUGUCCUCAUAAGAUGUGUCCCUAGUAUAUGCUAAUGGCAAUAAUAAUUUUUGCGUUAAAUUUUUGCCUAUGUCAUUCCAUUCUCAAAUAGUAUCAAUGGACUUCAUUUUUGGCAUUCAGAUGAAGUUUAUGAUCCCAACAAUUUAAGAUGUUGGUUGAAUGUUGAGAUGAACCAGAAUUUGAACCACUCAUAAUACCGUACUGCGUGCAAUAAUAUAUGAAAACCUUGCACUUCUUAACUCUCAGUAUCCAUACUACACCUAAUUGUUAAUACCAAAAUGAAAAUAAUUCAGUUAUUAACGUAUGCAGUCAUUAAAUCAUUCAAUAUUAUUAUUUUUUUUUUUUUAUUUACGCGACCAAUCUCGAUGCAUUAUGCAAAUUAAUCAGGUCAAAUUAAAGGAAUGUAAUAUUGAUGGCCGUCACAGCCUAAUUUUUGGAACAGAUCUAACAAAAAAAUGAAUCAGAUUAUUGGCAUAAGUACGGUAUCUAUCAAAGUGUUUUAGACUUCUAUAAGGAUUACUUCUGAAACUAUCUUUGGCCAAGGACCAGAACAAUAAUGGGCCAAUACACCACGACCUGGUAGUUGCUGUAAACAUUUAGUUUUGUACAUCCCACCCCACGAGAUAAUGACACGUUCAAUGAUAAGUCGGCCAUCACUGGUGGUCAGAGGGACAGUUUCAGUACUAUUGCUGGCAAGCCUGUGAAUGGAUUUUUUAAAAAAAAAAUUUGGUGGAGUGGGGGUUGAUUCCUUUACUCAAACUUAAUACUCAAUGUUACUUUUUCUUUCAUCUAUUUCCACUGCCUAGCUCCCCAGGCCCUCCUAGCCUCCCAGGCCCUCCUAGCUCCCCAGGCCCUCCUAGCUCCCCAGGCCCUCCUAUCUCCCCAGACCCUUCUAGCCUCCCAGGCCCUCCUAGCUCCCCAGGCCCUCCUAGCCCCCCAGACCCUUCUAGACCCCCGGGCCCUCCUAGACCCCCGGGCCCUUCUAGACCCCCCGGGCCCUCCUAGCACCAUAAGUCCAACUUGAAAUUACACACGACAAUAACAAACAUAAGUGUAACCAAAUGUUACCUUGAAUGGAGUAGCACGUUAGCGGCGGAUUCGUAAGGCGGGUAGCAAUCUGUGCAGCCCAAUUUAUCCAGGUCAUCUUCAGCAAUCAUGGGGGGAAACUAAGAAUAUCGAACUUAAGGUAAUUGGCACCUUUCACUUGUUGGUACGCCAAGAUACCUGUGAUUGUGACAGCAUGUUGAUGAAAUUGGUUCUUAAAGACAAUUUAUAGUUUGAACUGUAUCCUCCCCACCCCACCUUUUCCCUUACAUCCUUGAUGUCCCUCUAAUGGUUAAUUUCCAUGCAUCAUUUUUAAUUUUAAAUCCGUGGUAAGACCCAUCCAUUGUCCUGGACACCACUUCCACCGUGGUGAGACCCAUCCAUUGUGCUGUCCGUGGACACCACUUCCACGGUGGUGAGACCAAUCCAUUGUGCUGUCCGUGGACACCACUUCCACCGUGGUGAGACCCAUCUAUUGUGCUGUCCCUAGACACCACUUCCACCGUGGUGAGACCCAUCCAUUGUGCUGUCCUUGGAGACCACUUCCACCGUGGUGAGACCCAUCCAUUGUGCUGUCCCUGGACACCACUUCCACCGUGGUGAGACCCAUCCAUUGUUCUGUCCCUGGACACCACUUCCAGCUGAGAGUUCGCUAAAGUUGCAUAGUUGUAGUCAAUAAUCAUGUUUUUCUACAAGCCGUCGACAAAAUCUUGAUAAUGUAAACUUGAGUCCUAUAUUUAUCAAUGUAAGUAGGUCACCGCGCAUUAAUGGCGUAUCAAAAUGUAAACACUGGGGAAAACAGCCUCGGGGUGAAGGCCGUCUAUUUAUGGCAUGAGCCGAGAACAGGACUUAGUUUGAAUCAUUCUUGUAAGGGGCUAUCUAUUUUUUAAAGGCAUGAUUUGGCGAAUCAAAACAACGUGUUGAUAUUUCGUCAUCCUGAAGUCACGUGGGUAUAGAUAUGAUUAAUCUUGGCCAUCAAAAGGUCAGUUGGGCAGUUGUUGAUUUUUUUCUUUCUGCAAAGGAUACCGCAUCCUUUAUGACAAAUGCCCUAACUGUCCGUCUAUGCCCAAAAUAGCCCUGAGUGCUAGCAGCUGUUGUGUAGACCUAAAAUAAAUAGAAACCGAGGGGGGGGGGUUAACUAAUGAAAUGUCAUUGACAUACAGAGCGGUAGGAACUAGACUUUUGUAACAAUUGUUACUUAAUGUAACAUGCAUGCGUAGCGACCAGUUUUUGGGAACUAAAUUCUGAUAGUGCGAAAUCUAUGACUUAGUUCAUUACCAUGCUAGACAUUUAUUGCAAUUUUAUAAUAUAUUUUUAAAAUUUUUCCUAAAUUUGUUACAGCAAUUUUUGAAGUCAAUAUAUAACAAAAAUAUGAAGCAAAAAAAAUUGUACGUAAAGAAAUAUUUUUUUUUUUAAAUGGGCGCUACUAAAAGCUGGACAUUGCUGCGGGAACUGCAGGUUAAUAGGGAGAUGGGUGGUGGGAGGGGGUAUCCCAUCUGGCAACUCCGUUGAACAAUCAAAUUCGUAUGGUGAAGGUGAUGUUACUGUCAGACGAUAACGCCAUGUUCAUGGCACCACAUGUCUGUCGGACGUAUUUCACGAAUGCCUCUCUUCCUCCCACAGUUGAUGGUUUCUUCUCCAACGUUAACAGUCACGUGAUCGAGUUUCAGGAGAAAGUGAGCCACGUCAAGGAAGCAUUGGAGAACAAGCUGAAGCAAACAGAGGUCUGUACAAACAGGGGUCUUUACAAACCGGGGUCUGUAGUCAGGCAAACAGGGUUCUGUGGUCAGGCAAAAAAGGCUCUGUACAAACAGGGGUCUGUACAAACAGGGGUCUGUACAAACAGUGGUCUGUAGUCAGACAGACAGGGGUCUGUAGUCAGACAGAUAGGGGUCUGUACAAACAGGGGCCUAUACUCAUACCAUUAGUUAUGUAAUGUAAGCCUAGUUCCACUCAUACCAUCAAAGGACUGAUUCUGCAAGGGCAGACAACCAAUGUGUCUAAGACUAAACAUAAAUCAUCAUUGUUAUGAUUAUUGAACUUUGGGUUACUCAAUGCAUUCUCAAAAUAAUUUAAUUUAAUUCAUCAUUAAAAUCAUACCUUGUUUGCACAUCAAAUAAUCCUGCACAUAUUUCACAUUUCGUUAUGUUGUAAGAAUAUGUCUAGUCGUGUCCUCAUAAUAUUUCGUAUGUGUCUCCUUUAUGCCCCCCCCCCCCAGGCUCACGGCGUGGUCAAGAUACUGGGAGGCACCAAUGCUGGCAACUCCCUCAUCAAAGAGGCGGAGAAAGAGAACGUGGAACUCAUAGUGGUGGGCAGCCGAGGUCACGGCGUCCUGAGACGGACGGUUCUGGGCAGCGUGUCCGGCUACGUGGUCCACCACAGUCACGUGCCGGUCUUGGUGUACCCUCCGAUGCAGAACUCCAACGUCCACCACGGCUACAACAACAACAAGGUCAACGAGCAGCAGAACAAGACCAGAGACUCGACCACCGAGGACAAACACAUCUUUGUUAAGUUAUAGUGAUCGCAUCAAUUAUUAGGUUACAGUUGUCACGUGACGCAUCUUUGUUAGGUUGUAGUGGUCACGUGACACAUCAUUGUUAGGUCAUAGCUGUCACGUGACAUAUCAAUUGUAGGUGGUAGUUGUCAUGUGACAUCCUUGUUAUGUUGUGGUUGUAAUGUGACAUAUCAUUUUUAGGUUGCAGUCGUCACGUGGCACCUGGUAUAUUAUUGUUUACCUGUAUCAUGGUUGAGCUUAUUGUGGUCACCUGGGUCCAUUUGCUUGUGUGUUCAUAAAAUUUUAGAAUGGCCUGUAACGGGCACUGCUCCAUAUGACGGGCACUGCUCCACAUGACGGGCACUGCUCCACAUAAUGGGCACUGCUCCACAUGACGGGUGCUGCUCCACAUAAAGGGCACUGCUCCACAUGACGGGCACUGCUCCACAUAAUUGGCACUGCUCCACAUGACAGGCACUGCUCCACAUAAAGUGCACUGCUCCACAUGACGGGUGCUGCUCCACAUAAAGGGCACUGCUCCACAUGACUGGCACUGCUCCACAUAAUUGGCACUGCUCCACAUGACGGGCACUGCUCCACAUAAAGGGCACUACUCCACAUGACUGGCACUGCUCCACAUGACGGGGCAGGACAUUGUGGCCCAAAGUGAAUACGUCACACUGCAACAUUUUGGCCCCAGGUUUCUCAUUGUACGAGAGUGUACAUUUGGAGACCUCUUUCUCUUUGUACACUUUAAAACUAUGUGUCCUAAUUGAUGGAAUGGAACAAACAAAGAGCAUUGUUGACAUGAAGUAUCACUAGGUUACCAGCUUAAGAAAAGGGUAAUACUGUGUUAAAAGGGUAAUACUUAGUUGAUACAAGAGUACUACUCAAUUGAUGCAAGAGUAAUCCUCGGUUGAUACAAGGGUAAUACCCGAAACGAAAUAAAUCAAAAUAAUUCAAUUUUACUUUGUCAUGUGAUACUUGUGUAAUCAUGUGAUACAUGUACAGUCACGUGAUACAUAUGCAGUCACGUGAUACAUAAACAGUCAUGUGAUACAUGUCUAGUCAGAUUGAAUGCAUUGCUGUCAUAUUCCACACAAUUUUUGUGUGUAUCAUUUAUUUAGAGAAAGAAAAAAACCGUAUUUCUAUUAAUGAGCAUCAUUAUUGCAAAAGAAAUUUCUUUUUGUAAUGAUUUUGGAAUUCUUUUUUAGCUGGAUGAAAACUGUGCUUCAAACUACGUCAAAAACAUUUUUUGGUAAAAAAAAUUCAAUUUUUAUGUGGUAUAAUUUAUAUUUGUAUACCUCAGUAUGAUUUUCUCUGAUGUAAAACUACAAAACAAAAAAGGCUUCUGUAUGACAACAUAGAACAUAGCAGCAACAACCAGGGGUCUGUAUGACAACAUAUAAAAUACCAGCAAUCACCAGGGGUCUGUAUGACAACAUAGAACAUAGCAGCAACAACCAGGGGUCUGUAUGACAACAUAGAACAUAGCAUAGCAGCAACAACCAGGGGUCUGUAUGACAACAUAGAACAUAGCAGCAAUCACCAAGGGUCUGUAUGACAACAUAGAACAUAGCAGCAACAACCAUGGGUCUGUAUGACAACAUAGAACAUAGCAGCAACUAACAGGCUUCUGUAUAGAAUAUAGAACAUACCAGCAAUCACCAGGCUUCGGUUUGACAAGAUAGAACAAACCAGCAAUAAUUGAAACAUUAGAUACGGACGGACUCCAAAUCCUGCUAUAAAUAUAACGUCUUUCUCUUAUAAAACUAUAUUUCAAAUGUUUGUUGAAAAUACGUCAUUAAUGUCCAGAUAUGUAAAAUAUGUUGGCGGUAGUUUUGCAUGUGGUAUAUCAUAUGAUUAACGAGUCUAUACUUGUACCAAUGCCACGUCAUCAAUGGGAUGUCACUGUGGCUACUAAAGAAGUAAAUUAUUUCUUUGGUUACCUCCCUCUAUUUUAUCUUAUUUUUUACACUUAUUCAAUGCACAACUUAUUAUUCUUCAUUAAAAAUAAUAAUGAUUUUGGUCAUCCUCAUUACUUUCUCCCUUCUUUCCUAUUUUUGAUUACUCCUUUCUUUCUGUUUCAUUCCCUCUCUCUCUCUCUCUCUCUCUCUCUCUCUCUCUCUCUCUCUCUCUUCUCUCUCUCUCUCUCUCUCUACUCACUUUCAAGCCAUCUGAUUUUACCAUCUACGUGCUAUUGAUGUGACCAAUUAUUUCCUUCUUACAUUCCCUCUAUUUUAUGUGUGUAAUCUCUAUCUCUGUUUAUCUAUACACGCAUCUCUCUCUCUAUCUUCUCUCUCUCUCUCUCUCUCUCUCUAUCUUCUCUCUCUCUCUCUACUCACUUUCAAGCCAUCUGAUUUUACCAUCUACGUGCUAUUGAUGU